GCUGUCGCAAUCUGGCAUAUCUAGAUAAUCGCAUGGGACCGAUUCAGUGGCUAAGGGGUUAUUACCCCCCUCGUAAAGAAGAACAGGAAAUACCUAAAUCUGAAAGGCAGAUAGUAGUGCACUAUAAUAGAUAUUGGCUACCUCCCAAACAAGAAACGGAUGAUGGUAACGACUUGCAAAAUGACAAACGGGUAACGGUCGUUCUAGAGCCGUAUGUACUGUUAUUGUGUUUAUUGAGAAGAGUAACCGGAAUUAAAUUUCUCAUGAUACCCACGUCAGAUGAAGAAUUUGCAGGGGGUGCUAUGCCUGCCGCUUAUGUUGAGGAUGCCAAGUGUUUUACUGGUGAACCCCUUCGAGAAGAACAACUAAUUAAUUACAUCCUCAAAAAUGCGCAGGGGAUAUCCGAGGAUGCACAAAAGGUAUUGAGAAGUGAAUUCUCGUUAUAUACACCCCAAAACAUGGCACAACAAUCUGAUGUUACUCCAGAAGCAGUAAUAUCAUAUCACAGCAGUACCUCCAUACUGCCGGUUUAUGUGUUUAAACAUCUGCGCUAUGCAGUACUUUUUAUCAUUUGGGUGUAUCCAAAAAUAUCGCAAAAUGUAACUAAAAGUAUUAUACUCAACUCAACUCCAUGGCCAUAUGGGUACUAUGUAUACCAUCGAAGAGCGAGGCAAAUGGCGAAGGCCUGUUCGCUACGCGGUUACUCCAAUAUUGAGUUCACUAUUAAAGAGUUGGGUUUAAUGUUGAAGGAAUUGCAGCGUGUAUUGCAGGGACCAGCCAAGAGUAUGAUUCACAGACCUGGUCACUGGACAGAAGGGGCUGUCUUUGCAAAUCUUGCCGUUCUUUUUAGCAUACCCUGUCAUGGGGUAGAAGAGUUACUAGUGUUCCACCGUGACUUUUACGACCUGAAAGCCUACUGUGCACUUAUGGUACGUAAUUAUCAGGUGGCGGAUUUACAACCGCCAUUUCUUUCUGGUAAUACGUUUCCUAUUAGCUAUUUUGUCAAAGAUGCUUCAUCAACGAUGAAGUUUCUAUCGGGGAUUUAUGCUAAAAUAUCGCAUCUGUGGUAUCUUUAACUGUCACGCCACAUACAAAGGGUAUCGUAAAUGAAAAUUAACUU